CAAACCACGUGUGAAUCACCACGUGGUCUCGAGGUGAUUUCUGUCAACACACAGAAAGCAAACUAUUUAGCUAGAAACUUGGGUGGAAACCAAUGCAAAGACAGAGUAAGAACUUGACAGGAAAAAUACCGCUGUAGGAAUGGCAUCAGAAGCAAAAAGACCAAAGGUGGAUGAAGAUUCAACCUCAGACCUUUCGUCAGAGGAUCCUCUCAAGAACUUCAUGCGCUGGUGUGAUAAAAUUGGUCUGACGCUCAGUAACAAGGUGUACCUGAGCCGAGAGGGCACGGUCGCGGAGUACGGCAUGCUGGCCAGCGGGGACAUCGAGGAGGGAGAGAUCGUCUUCUCCAUUCCCCGGGCCGCUGUCCUGUUUCAGAGCACCACCAAGGUCAAAGCUGUCCUGGAGGAAGCUAAGGCCUCUCUGGACAGCGCGUCCGGGUGGGUCUCUCUCCUUAUGGCUCUGAUGUGGGAGUACACCUCUCCCGAAUCCUACUGGGGGCCCUACCUGUCCCUCUGGCCUGACUUCAAGGUCCUGGACCACCCCAUGUUCUGGUCCGAAGAGGAGCGGGUUCGACUGCUCCAGGGCACAGGGGUUCCGGAGGCGGUGGACACGGACCUCGCCAACAUUCGGAAGGAGUACAGCGACAUCGUCCUGCCCUUCAUGCGCCUGCACCCCGACCUGUGGGACCCCGAGAAGCACACGCUGCAGCUCUACACCAGCCUGGUGGCUUUCGUCAUGGCCUACAGUUUUCAGGAGCCUCUUCCGGAGGAGGAUGAGGACGAGGUCGAGCAGGAGCCGAACUUCCCCAUGAUGGUGCCAAUGGCCGACAUGCUGAACCACGUGUCCAAUCACUGCGUCCAUCUGGAGUUCACGCCUGACCUUUUGAAGAUGGUGUCGGUGCGACGCAUAGCGAUGGGGGAGGAGGUCUUCAACACGUACGGAGAGAUGGCCAACUGGCAGCUGCUGCACAUGUACGGCUUCGCCGAGCCGUAUCCCGGCAACAGCAACGACACCGCGGACAUACCAAUGUCCAACGUCUACAAAGCGGCCGUCCAAGCCACACAGAGCAGGGAUGACCAGCGCCUCCUGGUGGACAAGUGGAGUAUGCUGUGCGAUAUGGAGAUGGUCGGGGAGAAGGGCGUGUUCAUCUUCGGCCAAUCAGGGGUGCUGACGGUCACGGAGCUCUACAACACGCUCAAGAUCCUCAGCAUGCCGUCGGAGGAGUUCGAGGAGUGGAAGGAGAACGAGGGCUGGGAGGAGGUGGAGGAGGAAGAGGACGACGAAGAGGACAAGAUGAUGCGGGCCCUCUCCUUCGAGGCGAUGCCCCAGCUCGCCCCCUGCUGGAGGCGGCUGGUACACGCCUCCGCCCGCUUCACCCUCGACUCGUACCGCGGGGACCUCCGGGCUGACAAGGAGCUGCUGGAGGACCGGGUGGCCUACGCCCGGCUGAGCAGCAGGGAGCGGCACGCCCUGCAGGUGCGCUACGGCCAGAAGGUGAUCCUGCACAAGCUGCUGGGGCUCACUCAGCCCUGACUGCCCCCUGCAGGUCCGGAGGUCAUCCUGCACAAACUGCUGGAGCUCACCCAGUCCUGACUGCCCCCUACAGGCCUGGAGCAUCCGCAGUGAACUGUUAACUGAACACCCUUCAAAGGCAGGCUUUUUUUUCUUUUUUCUUUUUUUUAAAUCGCAUAAUGUCUCAUUUCAAACCGUAUCUCUCAACGUUAAAGAACUGAACAGGUUUCAACAUGAACCUUGGGAUUUCAGGGUUUUUCAUAAUUCAAAUCCCAUGUACUGUCAAUCCACGCUGCUUUUAAUUUCUUUCUUUUUUUUGCUACCCCAUUUCUUUCCGAAAAUUGUAUACCCCCACUGGGUUAUAAUCUCCUGUGGAAAGAAUGUCUGAACUCCUGCCAGCCUUGUGAGUGCUUACCUGAAGUGAGCCUGCAUAUAACACUGUACCACUUGUGUGUGUGGUGAAGCAGAACUAAACCUCACUGUCGUAGGUUAAGACCUGUAGUGCUUGUUUUGAAUGUGCUCCAUCACUGAAAGCAUAUUGCUUUGUGUUUUGUACGGUAUAAAACAUCCAUUGGGUGUAUAUCUGAGCAAUCUCCCCCAAGGCUUUCCACCUUAAUCCGUGGAUUGAAAGCAUUGUGUUUUAAGAUCCUUUUUUUGUAUUUAUGGCAAUUAGGGCAACUAGUUAAGACAGUUGGGACAGUUACUCAGCGAUACACAUUACAUUACAGAAUUUAGCAGACGCUCUUAUCCAGAGGAACUUACACAACUUAUAUAUACUGAGGUUAAGUCAUGCUCAAGGGGACAAAGGUGGUGUCGAAUCCAGGAAUCAAACCUGUGACCUUUAGGUUACAAGACCAAUUCCUUGCUUCAAACACGCCCCCCCUGGUUCCAAGCUCCACCUUCCUAAACCACUCGCGCUGUGGCCACUGCGAUGCAGAUGCCGCCAUGUUGGCUCAAGUCAGGAUUUUCAGUGGAGCCGUUGCUGAUGAAAGUGACCUUAACUGUAAAGUGGGUGGUGUCAAGUGACUACCAUUUUGUGAGUAGAUCAAGUGCUGUGUGUACCUAUACAAUUUCUAUUAUUUUUUAAACAAUAAAAUUCAAUUGAAACAUG